UAAUGUGCUCCAAACAGUUUUCGUUCAGUUAUCUUUUAACAUUAUGUGGACUGGGACAUCGUUUGUUUUGUUAAGUUUUAUUUUAAUUAAUUGCUGCUCGUUCAGUUUCUCAGAUCGUCCAUUAAAUUUUGUUCAACUCGGUAACAAAUUUGGAUAUGACGUUGAAGAAAUCAUUGUCAUCACAGAAGAUGGGUAUAUAUUGAAAUUAUUUCACAUAUUAAAUAAAAAAAGAUUUAAAACACCAGUAUUAUUGAUGCAUGGCGUAAUUGAUUCCUCUGAUACUUGGAUCAUCAGGGGAAACACUUCCCUGGCUUUGACACUGGCUGCAAAAGGAUACGACGUUUGGGCGGGGAACUCCAGGGGAAAUAAAUACGCCAGGAAACAUAUUUAUCUAGAUCCUAACACAAACGACGAUUUCUGGGAUUUCUCCUUUCACGAAUCAGGAUUCUACGAUUUACCAGCAAUUAUAGAUACAGUUUUACACAUGACUGGUGAAAAAAAGAUAAAUGCGAUUGGUCAUUCACAAGGUAACACGAUUUUUUAUGUCCUGGGAUCGACUAGACCGGAGUACAAUGAUAAAAUCAAUGUAUUAAUAGCUUUAGCUCCUAUUUGCUUCUUGCAAAAUAUUCCACCACCCUUAAGCACCAUAAUUAAGGUGUCACCAGAGUUAGAUAAGCUCGCGAAAACCCUAAACGUGGUAGAAAUAUUAGGGGAUAAAUCUUUGGUUGUAAGUUUUCUCCGUACUUUUUGUCCGACACCAAUUGUUGGUUACAAAGUUUGUAUAUUAGGCCUAAUAUUUUCUACAGCUGGUAGUGAUGCUGAAGAAUUGGAACCCGGUUACGUGCGAACAUUUAUAGAUCAUUUUCCUGUUGGUACAUCAGUAAAAGAUUUGAUACACUUCGCUCAAGUGAGCCUUAGAAGGAAAUUCGCUAAUUACGACUAUGGUAUUGAAGGUAAUUUGCAGAUGUACAAUUUAACAGAACCUCCAGAAUAUAAUCUAAGUGCAAUAACUAUGAGAGUAGCUUUAUUAUAUGGGGCUAAUGAUAAAUUAUCAACUGUUGAAGACGUUGCUAUACUUAGAGGAAAAUUGCCUAACGUUAUCAAAUAUUUAUUAAUUCCACGGAAAAUGAUGAACCAUAUAGAUUUUAUUUCCGGUCGAAAUAUGGAAGAUUAUUUAUUUCCGUACAUUUUUGACACUUUAAAUGCUACUGAUAAUAAUGUAAAUCCAUAAUUGUGAUAAUAUUUUUCACAGAAUAUCCGAUUUAUUUGUAGCAACAUUAUUCUAACGUCAGUGAAGCAAUAUGGCAAC